UAAAUUUUGUAUCUAUAACAUUUCUAACAUCAAUGGCAACCUUAAAAUCCAUUCAUGUAUCCUCAACAACCAAUCAAAUACAAGUCCCAACAAAUUAUUUUUCCAUGCAAACAUUAGAUUCAUCAAUUCAAAGUCUAAUAAGAUCAUGGAAAAGAAGACAAAGAUGGUUGUUUCUUGUUACAACCUCAACCCAACAAGAAUAUUUGUUCAAUAGAGCGUCAUGGCGAACACAGUUGAUAAAUUUUUUAGAAUCAACAAUAAUUCGCGUGAUUUCAAUAUCUUUACUCGUUACAGAUCUCAUAAUCACAAUUCUCGAGCUAUCUUCUUCUCUAAUUUCAUGUAAGCAAAGAGUGAACAUAGUAGAGAAACUAUGUUUCCAUUGGAUUGGAAUUGGUAUUUUGAGUAUUAUUUCAAUGAAGAUAAUUGGUUUGUUGGUAGGGUUAGGUUUUUCAUUUUUCAAGCAUCCAGGAUAUGUUGUGGAUGGUGUUGUGGCAAUUGGUGCAUUGAUUAUGGAAGGUUUUAUGGAGAGGAGAGGUGGUGGUUUAUUGGUUGUGGUUAGUUUAUGGCGUGUGAUUAGAGUUGUGGAGAGUGUGUUUGAGUUAAGUGAUGAAGCUAUUGAAGCUCAAAUUGAAGGGAUAGUUUGUCAAUUUGAGGUACUUAGAAAUGAGAAUGUUAGGCUCUUGGAUAUUAUUCAUGAAAAGGAUGAGAUAAUUGAAAAGCUUAAGGAAGAAUUAGAUAAAUAUGUGGUUGAUAAAGAGAGGUUUUAAGCUUGUUAAAUUAAAAAAAAUUAGACAUGUUUAUCUAUUUAUUAAUAAAGUUACAUUUUGAGUUUAAUUAUGUCAUGUGUUUUUAGUGGUAUUUUAUGUGUAUUUAUUUAUGUUAUAAUAUAAUGUAAAUGAAAUAAAACAGAUGUGCUCAG